UGUCAGGGUGUUGUCGUAACCCACGGUACCGACACGAUGGAGGAAACGGCAUUCUUUCUUGACCUGACCUUACGCACGGAAAAGCCAGUUGUAAUGGUAGGGUCUAUGCGCCCGGCCACAGCAAUUAGCGCUGAUGGCCCAAUCAAUCUGCUAGAGGCUGUUACUCUGGCAGCUAGCCCAACUGCAAAAGGGCGCGGGACAAUGAUUGUCCUGAACGACCGUAUCGCGAGCGCCUACUACACGACCAAAACCAAUGCAAACUCGCUUGAUACCUUCAAGGCUGUCGAACAAGGCUAUCUUGGGUUCUUCGCGAACAUCAAGCCGUUCUUCUAUUUUGAGCCUAGCCUCGCAAUGGGCAAGCCUUACUUCGAUAUAUCCGCGACUGCUGUCGACGCCCUGCCCCAGGUCGACAUCCUCUACGGCUACCAGGGUGCAAACCCAGCCCUUGCCGAGGCGGCCGUCGCAACGGGAGCCAAAGGGCUGGUCCUUGCCGGUGUCGGCUCCGGGUACUGGACCGAUGCAGGCAACGAGGCGAUAGACAGGGUCAUCCGAGACCACGGCACCGCUGUUGUCUACUCGAGGAGGCCCGGGGACGGGUUCGCCGAGAGGACCGGCAGCGCCUCGACGUACGGGUCCGGCCUGCUCAACCCACAGAAGACGCGCAUCAUGCUGCAACUCGCGUUGAAUGCGGGCUACGGCAUAGAGCAGCUCAGGAGCGUUUUCGAGUUUGAGCUUCAUUGA